AUGGUGAUGGAGCAGAAAGUGCAGCUUACGGUCAACCAGAAUGAGCUACUGAACACCCAGAUACUGCUGCACAAAAUGGAGGAUGAACUGAAUAGAACGGAGGAGGAGAAUGAUGUUCAACACACAGAGAUGGCCGUGCUGAAGACCAGACUGGCUGCAAGUGAAACUGAAGUGGUGAAUCUGAGGAAGGAAACUGCAGAACUGAAGUCAGUUACCGAGAGACUGGCAGUCACUGAGACUGACAUGGAGCAUGUGAAGAAAGACACUGCAGCCCAACACACAGACCUGACCACUAUAAAGACUGAAGUGAUAAACCUGAUCAAGGAAAAUGCAGCACAGGAGAUAGCGAUGGUCAAUCUGAAGAUGGACAAUGCAGCCCAACAGACAGAGAUGGUCAAUCUGAAGACGGACAACGCAGCCCAACAGACAGAGAUGACCAGACUGGCAUCCACUGAGACUGAAGUAGUGAAUCUGAAGAAAGAGAUCACAGAUCAACCCAAGGUGGCGUUCUCAGUAGGCCUGACUGACUCAGGGCUCAUAGAGGCUGGGAAUACUGAGCGGAACUUGGUCUUCACUAAAAUCUUCACCAAUGUUGGACAGGCCUACAGCAGUGUGACCGGCUUCUUCACAGCUCCAGUCAAGGGAGUCUACUACUUCAGAUUCAAUGUCAUGGAUAACUCACCCUCAGGAUUUAUGAACAUCAUGAUGUAUAAGAAUGGAGAGCGGCUCAUGUUUCUAGGAGAGGAUCCACGGGGAUACCAAACCUAUCUGUCCAGUGGUCUGACUCUGCAGCUGGAGGUGGGAGAUGUAGUUAACCUGCGACUCAAAUCAUACAACAGCCUCUAUGAUAAUGCUAAUAAUCACAACAUUUUCAGUGGCUUCCUGCUCUUUCCUCUCUGA